AUGGAGAUUUUUAUGGAAGAAGUUCGGAAACACGAAUGUUUGUGGAAUCCAACAUCCCCAUAUUAUAAAGAUUCAGAAAAAAGAGAAGCCUCCUGGCGCGCCAUUAUACAAACAACAAAGAUGGAAAACAAAGGAUGGAAAAGUGGUCAAGCUGCCAACAACACGCGUCUUUGGAAGUUCCAGAAAGUUAUGGAAUUCCUUGUUCCAUACACGCAAAAUAGGAACACAACUGGAAAUUAUUCCCAAGAUAAUUCACAGGUGUCUCAAGAAAGUAAUCAUACUCAAGUUUCGGAAUUGGACGAGGACAACUUUGAAGUAGAAAACGAAAAUGAAAACAGCCAAUCUUCUAAUAUAACUGCUGCAAGUUCCGAAACCACAUCACAAAAUACAAGCACACCUAUUACACGCAAACGUGUACAUAGUGUUCAACAUGAAAUUUUAAAUUUUGUUAAGAUCCAGCAAACAGACCGAGAGAAAAGAAAAACAGAACGUGAUUUGAGAAACCAAGUAAUUGACAAAAUGGAUGACAUGGAUCAUUUUUUUCUUAGUAUUUGUGAAAGUACAAAAAAAAUUACCCAAACCGGCACAGCUUCGUCUUAA